AUGGACCAGACCAAGUAUUGUGAAUUCCACAAGGGUCCUGGGCACACAACCAAUGAUUGCGCCACAUGGAGGAGGUACCUCGAGCAACUCGUGAAGGAAGGCAAGUGCGACCAGUACAUCGAUAGACUGGCUAAGCAUCUGGGGGCCACCAAUAACUCUAAAAAAAGGAAGAUCCAGCAGGCAAGAUCGGUCAAUCAGGUUCAAGCCAUAGAUGUUGUACCUAGACCAAUCGUCAGCUUCACCAAGCAAGACACUGAGGGAGUAGACUUUCCCCACGACGACUCUCUAGUGAUUUCUGUACAACUGGCCUACGUCAUCGUUGACAGAGUCAUGGUGGACAAUGGCAGCUUAGUCAACCUCCUACAAUUGUCACUUAUCCAGAAGAUGGGCCUGGAAAGCACGGUCAAAUGCAAAGCAAAGAUCUUGAUCGGAUUUAACGGACAUACCUCAACUGCCAUUGACAACUUCACACUUGAUGUAACCAGCCUGAUGAUCAUCUCGUCGCAAACCUUCAUGAUUGUUAACAGCCCAUCUCCUCACAACGAGAUAUUGGGCCGACCCUGGCUAGUGAAGAUUGGAGUUGUGACCUCGGUUGAGUAUCAGAAAAUCUGA